UCGCUGGUGCCGCAGCGGCUGGCGCUGGAGUACAUCGUGCCCUGCAUGAACAAGCACGGCAUCUGCGUGGUGGACGACUUCCUCGGCAAGGAGCUGGGCGGGCUGGUGGCCCAGGAGGUGCCGGCCCUCCACCACACAGGCCGCAUCAGCGACGGGCAGCUCGUCAGCCAGAAGAGCGACUCCUCCAAGGACAUCCGCGGCCACAAGAUCACCUGGGUGGAGGGGAAGGAGCCGGGCUGCCAGACCAUCCGGCUCCUCAUGAACAGCAUGGACGAUCUCAUCCGACACUGCAACGGCAAGCUGGGCAACUACAAAAUCAACGGCAGGACGAAAGCUAUGGUGGCUUGUUAUCCAGGCAAUGGAACGGGAUACGUGCGCCAUGUUGAUAAUCCAAAUGGAGACGGAAGAUGUGUUACAUGUAUAUAUUAUCUUAAUAAAGACUGGGAUGCCAAGGUAAGUGGAGGCAUCCUUCGGAUAUUUCCAGAAGGUAAAGCCCAAUUUGCUGAUAUUGAACCCAAAUUUGAUAGACUGCUAUUCUUCUGGUCUGAUCGCCGCAACCCUCAUGAAGUACAGCCAGCAUUUGCUACAAGGUACGCAAUAACAGUGUGGUAUUUUGAUGCAGAUGAAAGAGCACGAGCUAAAGUAAAAUAUCUAACAGGUGAAAAAGGUGUGAGGGUUGAACUUAAUAAACCUUCUGACUCAGUUGGGAAAGACGUUUUAUAAGCCUUUGAUUUAGCAACUCCCCCUGCUAUUCUCCCUGAUAAAUCUUGAUGCUAUCUAUUAACUUUUGAAUGUGAAUAACAAGAUAAAGGAAAAUCAACAACAAACCAACAUUUUAAUAAAGAAGCAAACAGUGUUUCAAUGUUGCAUCAAAUAGAAGGUUCUUUGACUGCUGAAGCAUUGUACUAUGUGAUUGUGACUCCAGGCCUGUGACUGCUUAUGUGAAGAAGAUAAGCAAUCAGUAAGAAACAGCAUAUGCAUCUGGACAUAAAUAAGUGCCCUACAUAGAAUUUGUCCAUCCUUAUAUUUUAGACCUGCUGUCAUCCAGCUGAAUCCAAUUCAUCUCUCCCUUUUUUUAUAUGGUAAAAGUUUGAAUUUUGGGUAAUUUUUGUAUGACCAGGUACAGUUUAUCAAAAUUGAGUCUUAAAAAAAAAAAAAGAAAAACUGAAAAAAAAGAAAAAAAUUACAGUAUUCUCCAAAAUAACAUGGAUCUAUUUUUGUAAAACUGUUCAUACUGUUCUCCUCUGCCAUGAAAGACCUAAUUUAAUGUAAGGGUUGCCAGUAACUGAUAAUCACUUUAAUUUUCUUUACACCUUAAGUCAGAAAAGGAGCACUUUAAUUACCAGCUAAAAACCUGAUUGUUUUAUAUCAUAUCUCACACUAAUCUUAACUUUUAAAGAUUGCUGCUGUAUUGUUUUUUUUUUGACUAUGUCCUCUUGAACCUUAUUAACAGAAGCAAAUCAGUAUCUUGAUUUUAGUAACAUUCAGUUUGUGGUUUUGUAUGUUGAAUCCACAGAGGGGAAGUUUCUGUCUCUUCUUUGUUUUUUGGUUUGGUUUUUUUGUUUUGGUUUUUUUUUUGUUUUGGUUUUUUUGUUAAGUGACUGGCACUAAGUGAACUUGACACUAUCGGUUGCUGUCAUUGGCUUUGGGGACCUGGUAAAUACCAUCAAGUUGCAAGAAUAUACAAGGGCUUUCCUAGGCUAUUAGAGGUACCCAGAACCUCCUUGCGUACUUGACAGAAAAUUUUGAGCUUUCUCCCUUUUCUAAAGAAUGCUUGCCACCCCCCUUUCCUUUGUAUAUAAGUUAAUAGAAUAUCUAAAAUUCACUUUUUUAAAUUUCCUUUUCAAAUGUUGGUGUCCCAUUCGGUCUAUAAGUUGACACCUUGAUCUAUUAUAUAGGAUCAAGGAGAUGGUCAGCACACUGAAGCUGAAGUGCAUCACUGUAGGCUCCUUGUGCAAUACAUCUUUAGGUUUUCACUGUACUGAAGGAUUUCCCCAAAAAGGCACUGCCCUUUGGUCAAUACUGAGGAAUAUAUUUAGUAAGAAAACAUUUACUUUCUUUUACAUUGUUUUCAUUUUAUCAAGGAGAGGGGACAUCACAGAAUAAAUGUGAGAUGUGCAGAAACUUUGAUAUUCUUAUUUUUAAGAAAUGGAUGUUUUGGACACUGAGUAUUUUUUUCUUCUUCUUCUCCUUUCUUUUUUUUCCUGAGCUUUAAAAGCUUGAGAAAACAGAAGCAAACCUAUAAAAGACAGCAUUCAUAUUUACAGGAGUUUGGGGGUUGAUCAACUUACCCACUGCAGUUUUCUAUCUGUCCCUUAUUUCCUUACUUAGCCAAACAAUGUGAGUGUACAGAAAUAUUUCUGUAUAUAUUACAACUUGUGACCAUUUUAGCAUCUGUAUAGUUUGUAUUCAAUUAGAGACCUUUUCUAUGGAAAGCUCAGUAAUUUUUUAUUAAAAAGAUUACUAUUGUUCAUGUAAAACAUGAAAAAGCUAAUUGUUUAGUAACAAACGGACAGAAGGGGGAAAAAAUUCAGUAUUGGUAUAUCACUUAGGAGAACCAACAGAAAUCCCAGUUUUGUUUUGAUUUCGCUUUUCCUUUUUUUAGUAAGUUCUUGCCCUUUACAGUUCUCUUCCUCUUUCCUCUUUUCUUCCCAGAAAAACAGACAGGAUACCUUUACUGUAAGUGCCUCUGCCAACCUGGCCAAGGAGUGCAAAUCUUCAUUACUGUCUGGUCUGCAGUUCAUUUAGGCUACCAAUGAAACAAGCAAAAAAGCCACCUCUUCUACUUCAUCUUCUUUAAGUACUACUUUAACGGAGGUUUGGUUGGUUUUGUUUUAGAAAUGUAAGCAUAAGCCUUUACACUCAUUUCAGUCCCUCUGUAAUUCAAACUUCUGCAGUUACACGGCGUAUCAAAUUCUAAUCACACUGUAGGUUUGUGCUUGCCAGACAGGUUUAAAAAGUGCUUAAUUUCUCACUCCAUGUAAGUCAACAAAUCAGGUCAGCCAUUUCUUCAAUGUCCUUUAGAAACUGUUCAUUUCAUGUCGGUUGAAUAUUCGGUCUUGAGCAUCACCAAGCAGGUCCUUGUUUUAAAACUAUUUUUUAAACUGUCUUAUGAUCUGUAUGUGUCUAGUCCUGGUUAAAGAUAAAGCUUCAUACUGCUAUUUUUAUUCAUGAUGUUAGCCAGCUGUAAAAUAUGAGACCUUUAUCUAUAGCAGGCAAAGAAAUUCAGGAUUCAUUUACAGGUUGCCUAUAAAGUUGUGUAAUUUGAAAAGCAGUGUUCAUUAUGAAAGAGCUCUCAAGUUGCUUUGAAAGCUAAUCUAAUUAAAAAAGAUGAUGUAUAAAGGUUC